AUGACGCAGACUUUCGACUACAUGAGACUUCCCACCGAACUGCGAUUCAUGGUUCUCGAGGCUUUGAUCGGACCAGCUAUUUGGCCACGAGCAAAGGUUGAGUGCCGAAAUUGCUAUGCCGACGACAAUAGCAGCGAGCCAUGCUACGCGCUACUGGAAUCACAAGGAGAACGCAGUACCAUUGACGACGAAACCAUCAUUUAUGACUCGGAAGACGAAGAACUCCCCGCGCUCGAAAGUGUGAGCGAAAUCGAAAAAUCCGAAAGGUGCGUUCACGUCGCACCCCUUGAGAACGAGCCUCGAGGACUAGCAAGUCUUUUCUUUCAAACCGCUGGCUGGCCCAAGACUAUCGGCAUAGAUAUACCCUAUGAAGUCACCAAACCCACGUACGGAUGCCGCAAGCCGCAUCGGCUGGGAUCUGAUGUGUUUUCGACUGAUGGGCUGUCAAGAAAAAAUGCACAUUGGAUGAGGAGCCUGCUGUUAGUCAGCCGGCAGUUCAGCUUCGAAUUCCAGAAGAUGCUGUGGGAGUCUACCAUCAAGCGCUACACCCGCCUCCACACUAUGGGCGCAUCUAUCCCGCUACUUCAUUCUGUGAAGUUCAAGACUGGAUUCAAUACCCUCAGUCGGUUAGCACUCAGUAUGAGCAACAGCCAGCUAUUCCGUCUUUUAGGUUUCAGGAGCAGUUGGAAACGCGGAUUCAAGCCUUGUACUUCGUCUAGGGAAGUCAACCUUGAUAUGCUCACCAAUCUGAAUCUUGACCACUUGCAUUUCGACUUCCAGAUCCCCAAAACUCCGUUCAGCGACGAAAGAAAUUUCAUUACCAACGACCCGUGGCGCCACGUUCACGAUGUGCUUUGCAAGACAGCUUCCUGUCAGAGGAAGUUUGUUGAUCUGUUCUUCGUGUUGGCGUUCGAUCGCCUGAGAAACGUGCCAAAGGUGACCUUUUCUGGUUACUUCAAGAAGAGCAACCUAGAAACAUGGGAAGAUGUUUUGGCGGUAUCGCGAAAGACUCUUGAUUACGAUAUGACUUCGAAGGUAUCAACGAUCAUGUCGAUGCCUGCCGACAAAUUGUGA